AGGAGUCUGGUCUUGAACGUGAAAUUUUGUGUUUUUCAUACAUUAUUGUAUUACAAAAACAAAAAUAACUAGUGUGGUUCUGUUGUAUUUGAAAAGGAGUAAUAAAAGAUUGUUAUUAUUUUGUUUGUUUGAAUUUUUCAUUCUUUUUUUGUUGUGAUCGUGAGAAUUAAUUAAAAAAAAGCAUUGAAAAUUACAUAAUUGCUAUAAUAAAAAAUUUUCGACUUAGUUCUAACUAUUUUGUGUUCGUGUUAAAUUUGAAAUAAUUUUACAAAUGAAAUUUGUAAAUAAGAUGGCAUAGAAAAAAUAUUAUGAAGAAGAUGUAAAUAAUAGUGGAAAAGAAAAUUUAUAUAAAAUUAAAUUGUUACAUUUUUCCGGCUAAUGAAAAAUUAAUAUCAAUUUUAUUAAUAAAUAAAUAAGUAAAUAAAAUAAGACUGUUUAAAAUUAAUAAGAAAAAAUUAAAUUGAAAAAAAUAACAAUAAAAACAGAAGGAGAAGAUCUAGUUUUGGAUAUUUUCGAGAGAGAUUAUAACAAUAACUGUAACAAUAAUAACGGCCAUCAUAUUAACUUCAGUUAACAUUAGUGCCUAUCAGAUUUCAAAUGUAACAAAACCAAUGUCAUUUGCUGAUCGUUCUGAAAUAAUUGCAGGAAAUAAAUUCUCUCCAACGAAAUUCAAUCGUAAUGCAUCAACACAACAUCAUCACGAUAUUAAAUUAACGCGAACAUCAUCAAAAAAUAUAACAGUUGAAGAGAAAUUUAAAUCUCGAAUUAGCAAUGAUUCAGUUUUAGAACAACACUUAAGAGCACAUCAAGAAAAAUUACAAAAACAAUUAGAAAAACGUCAACAACAGCAACAAUCAAAACCAAUAACAUCACAUGAGAAUGAUAAUCAUCAUUUAGAUUACCAUAUUAAUCAAUUGAAUCAUCACAUCAAUCAAAAUCGUCGUAAAAACGAGGGCGAAUACGACGACGACAAUACCACCGAUAUAGGACUAAAUCUUAACAAUAAUAAUCAGCAAAUAUUAGAAGAAACAAUGGGAACGUUAAAUAAAUCUUCAAAGACUAGUAGUGGCAAUAAUCAUAACAGUUCAAAUAGUCCUAAUAGUAUCAAUAAUAACUAUCAAUAUCAAAAUGAUAAUCAAAUUUUUACAAUAACUUCAAUUAAUAAUAACAAUAAUAGUAAUAAUGACAGUAAUUCUAAUAACAAUAAAAUAACAUCAUCUCAUAUAAAUAGAACCCAUUCAAUAACAAAUGGUAAAACAUCAUCAUCAAUAAAUCAUCAAAAUAAUCAGCAAAUUUUUCAUCAGCCAUUACAAGCAACAUCUUCAGCAGCUAGUAAUACACAAAGUACCAUAAAUGAUACAACAACAACAACUGCAACAACACAUGUAUUAGAUAAUAAUAAUUAUAGCAAUAAUGGUGAAUCUACCAUUAAUAAUUUUCAUCAUCAUCAUCUUAAUCAUCAUCAUCAUAAUUAUGCAAAUACAACAACAACAAAUAAAUCAAGUAAUGGUAGUAUUGAUAAGGCUGGUUCAACAGCAAAAUUGAUACCUGUUGCAGAUGAUCAACCAAGCACACAGUCAAAAUGUUCAAUAUUUCGAAAUUUAGUUUUAUGUAUUUGCCUUAAUGUUACGUACGGUAAUAUAGUAAGAUUUCCACGUGAAUUGGAUCGACAUGGCUUAGCAUUUUUAGUACCUUAUUUAUUACUAUUAUUUCUAGUCGGAUUUCCAUUAAUAUUAUUGGAAAUUGCUGUUGGCCAGUUUUUAGGGCAAGGAGCCGCAAAUACAUGGAGAUCAUCACCAAUAUUAAAAGGAGCUUGUAUAGUCAGUAGAUUUGCAUCGUGGCUUGCAACAGUAUGGAUAUCACUUCAAGCUGUUAUGGCCGGACUCUAUAUAGGAAUGUUAGUUUUUAAAUCGAUUCCGUUUAGCAACUGUGUUGAAAAACUAAAAAUAUUUGAAGGGGAAAGUUAUAAAGUAUUGGCUCUUGAUGGUCAACAUUGUAUUAAAAAAACAUUUCUUACACCUGUUUGGAACGAUCCAUUUUACUAUGGUCUAUUAAUUUUCUUUUUAAUUUUACUUUGGAUUAUUACUAUGUUUUGCACCCACAGUGCUAAAAUUUAUCGUCGUACAACUUUCUUUUUUGGUUUAAUUGGUUUCGGACUAUUGAUUGCUCUUACCAGUUGGGAAGUGAAAAAAUCUUUAGAUAUAAAUUAUUUUCCUGAAUUAUGGUCAUUCAAUGAAAAAUUAUUAUCGUCAUGUGUACUAUGGUUUAAUGCAUUAGUUCAAGUUAUAUAUUCAACAAAUAUUGGUUUUGGUAUAUUACCAGUUAUGACUGGAAAAUUUUUGUAUAAAGGAGAUGCUGUAAGAACAUCAAUAAUAUACUUAUGUUUUAAUUUAUUAAUAAAUGCCAUAGCAGUAACAUUAUAUAUGGUACAAUAUGAUAAUGAAUAUACCAAAGAAUCAACAAAUGAAAUACCUGAAUUAAAACCAUUAACAGCAAUUUAUGAUAAAUUAUUAGAUUAUUAUGCCAAUGCCGAUAGUAAUCCUAAUGAUAUGAUGAUAACAAAAAUAUCUGGAUGUCUAAUAUUUGCAUUAAUUAUAAUAUCAUCAAUUAUAACAAUUUCAACUGCCAUUUAUACUUCAUCACGUUUAGUGCCAAAACAUCCAAAUUAUGUGAUGAGUUUAUUAGGUCUUUCGGUGGCUAUAGCAGCUUUAGUAUGUCCUGAAUUCAAAAUUAUAAGAAUAUUAGAUUCGAGAAUUGUUGGUACUUUAGUAAUAUCAUCUUUAAUAUUUGAUUUAAUCGCUACCGUUUGGGUUUAUGGUAAAAAGAAUAUUUAUACAGAUUUAGAAUUUUCUAUUGGCCGACCAAUUUUCAAAGGAUGGUUAUAUUUAUGGAUAUUAGCUCCCGUAUUACCGACAGCAAUAUUAGUUUGGUGGUGCGUUGGUGAUGAUCAAAAUGAUGUAUUAUUUUUAUAUUUACCAAGAUGGGCACCAAUAGCAUUCGUUUUAGUAAUUAUAUUGUUAAUGGCUGCAAUUGAAAUUUUCAGACAAGUUGAUUAUAAUUUCUUUGGUAUGAUAUGUGAAGCUGCCAAACCAGCAAAAGAAUGGGGUCCAGCAGAUCCUUUGGCACGACACGCAUGGAAACAAUGGCGUUCUGUGUGUCAAGAUACUGGUCGAAAGGAUUUUACACUUAGACGCCGUGGUACACGUGAUUAUACGCAUUCUAUUAAAAAAGGUCAAUAUUCAACAAGAGAUAACAAUGCUAAAUUGGGUACACCAACUUCAAAUUGGAAAUCAGUUUCAACACCAGGCAGCAAUUCACCAAAUUAUAGUGGUUCCGUUUUUGGUGAUUCGGCCAUUGAAGAAGACAUGAGUGUUGAUAAAUAUUCUGGAGUUAAUCAUAAUUACUCAAACUCAUAUCAACAUAAUGAUACAAAAUUAACAUCUUCACGUUAUCCAUCAAAUAGAUCACGAAAAAUGUCAAACGAUAAACAAAGAAAUCAUCAUAACAAUCAUCAUACGCCAUAUCCACCAUCAAUAUUACAACAAUUAUCAGCAGAAAAACAACAAAAACAAUUACAAUCAUCACCACACAAUCUAGAACAUAAGGAAAUAUUAUAUAUUAGACGUUUAUCAAAUGAUGAAACUAUACCAGCGAAUCAUUCGACUCGUAUUGAAAUAACACCAUCUAGUGAAGCUAUUACAUAUGCAGCAACUAGAAAUCCGAUGGCAAGAACACCUUCAAAUGUCAGUACAAUGCAACAUUAUAAAAUCUCAUUAAAUCCUUCAUCAAAAAACAACCGGGAACCAAUAAGUAGUGGUAUAUUCGUUGGAGGAACCGGUGGUUGUAGUAGCAAUAAUGCAAUCAAUAUUGGAGAUCACAAAAAUACAAAUCCAGAUUUUGAUCAUAUUUGUUGGAGGAAAUUUUCAGUCAACUCCGAAGAAUAUUCAACCGAAUUGUGAUUUUGUUUUAAUGAACUACAUGUAUUUUUUGUUUUCUCAUUUUUACCAAAAAAAUAAAAUAAAAUAAUAAGGUAUUUGUAAUAAGAUUUUUUUUCGGAAUGAAAAGACUUUCUUUUGUUAAAUUAAAAAACACAAGUUUAUAGAAGAUAAAAAUAUGUAAAGAAAAUUUAGUUACAAACUUAUUAUUAUGUCGUAAAUAAUAUAUUAUGUAGAUAAUAUUAUUAAAAUAUAAAAUUUAAAAAUAAUAUCGAAAAUAAUAAGUCCAUAAAGAAGUCAAUAUUUUAAAUAUUAUUAAACA